UCUAGUCUUCUAUAUACCGCGGAGUCUUGUACACUGGUGCAAAUCGCGUUUAUUCUCUCUUAUUGUAGUUUCUUUUCGAUCGUGAUAGUUCAAGAGUUAUUUAAAAAGGUGAACUUAUAUUGCUGAAUCGCAGUCAUGGUCAGGGACAGGCUGAGGGAUCCGUAAAACAGGGGAGUCUAUGAUGUGUCCAAGUUCCAAAUUUUUGGUUGGUUUCACCAGUUUGAAGCAUUUAGAUCACCACACAGUUCAGGUACAUAAUGAAGCUGCGUGUUUGUCAUCUUCCGCGGCUGCAACAUUCACAUUUGACGAGUGCAAGGAAGCCAAGAAGUUAGGAAUUCUUUUGGACUCCAAGGAUGUUCAAAAUAAUAGUGACGUCACUGUCCCUCAGCAGGGAACGAAGAAACUGGAUAGGGCACGAGGUUGACCACUACUACUGCUGCUGCAACUGCAACACGAGUCUUCAGGACUGAGUUUACCAACGAUCGAGAAAUGGAAAUUUCUCUGAUAUCGCAAAUCUGUAAAUUUUGCACUGCACUGACUAAUUUAUUGAGGCCACGCCCAGUUUACGUUAUUUUAACUUCUAAAGUUCCUGAGGAACCUUUCAACGCGUACAUCGAGGUAUCCCCUUGUUCUCCUUGUCAGCAGCAUAGGAAACAUGUAGAGAACAGUAUGGAGAAUAUGCAUACUGAUGUUAGGGUGUAAAGGGUUUAACUCUUAGUAUUUGACUUCAACUCUCCCUUCCACCGUCCACACAUUUCAAGAUAUUUUUUGCUAUGUCUUCUCGUUAGCCCUUCGUCAGAAUAUCGCUCUGACGAAGGGCUUACGCUCGAACGUCAGCUUUUUACUCUUUGCGGUGGCCAAUUUACGUGUUCAACUCAGUUGUUAACACUAAAUUACCUGCUAUACUCUCCCACCGACGCAGCACCACAGUUUCUCUAGAAACUUACUCCCUUUAUUCAUUUGUCGUUUAAUAAAAGUAGUCGAGUUUGUGGGAUUAUAGUGUUUUUGUCGGUUAGAUUAUAGCGUAACAACUGCACUAUCUAGCGGAUAGCGUUAUCCAUCCUUAAACAACCGGGGUCAGUAAGAUUGAAGGAAGCACAUGAACAGAGGAGCUUUAGGCCCCCUUUUUCAACCAGCAUAUAUUGAAUUGAAGCCCAACAUUUUUUUCUUUUUGUUAAUUUUGAACAUAAUUUCCAUUGAGCAUAAUUUGGUGCGUCUGAAAAGCGGCAAAGUGACACCUGACAGGCUUAUGACAUAUUUCCUUAACAAAGGGCGCACAGUCAAUUGUUAUUGUUCUACUAUGUAAUAAUUGUUAUACAUGUUACUCAACAGGUGCAACUUUGUUUAUAAGUAUUUUCAGGCCGAUCGUUUGAGUAUUGUAACCUUUCCGAGUUUCAGUUUUACAGAAAGAAUAGGAGGCUUCUGCAAUUAAGUAAACUUUAUUAAAUUAAUAUUUUCGCACGCUAAGAGAUCAUAAAAUUCAAAGUUAA